AUGGCUCCCGCCGCGCGCCGCAACAACAGCACGCUGCCCGCGGGCUACGUCGAGGAUAAGUCCAAGGGGCCCAUGCUCCGUUUCCAGGACUCGCUCCCUCGCCUGCCCGUGCCGACGCUCGAGGAGACGGCCGCGCGCUACUUCAAGACACUUAAGCCGCUGCUGACGCCCGAGGAGCUUGAGAACAGCCGCAAGGCCAUCGAGGAGUUUAUUGCCCCGAACGGCCCCGGCCGCAAGCUGCAGGAGAAGCUCAUCAAGCGCCGAGAGGACCCCAACAUCAAGAAUUGGAUGUACGAGUGGUGGAACGACGCUGCCUACCUCAGCUACCGCGACCCCGUCGUGCCCUAUGUCAGCUACUUCUACUCGCAUCGCGAUGAUCGCAAGCGCCGUGACCCCGCCAAGCGCGCCGCCUCCAUCACCACCGCUGUGCUCGAGUUCAAGAAGAUGGUCGACGAGGGCACUCUCGAGCCCGAAUACAUGAAGAAGCUGCCCCUCUGCAUGGACAGCUACAAGUGGAUGUUCAACGCCAGCCGCGUUGCCGCCAAGCCUGCCGACUACCCCGUCAAGUUCGACCCGGCCCAGAACAAGCACAUCGUCGUCAUCCGCAAGAAUCAGUUCUUCAAGGUCGCCCACGAGGUCGAUGGCAAGCAGCUCAACACCGCCGAGCUCGAGCAGGCCUUCCGUCGCGUCUACGAGCUAGCCGGCGAGCGCGGUCCUGCUGUCGGCGCCCUGACCUCCGAGAACCGUGACGUCUGGACCGACGCCCGCGCCAUCCUGCUGGCGGCCGACCCGGCCAACGCCAAGGCCAUCGAGGCCAUUGAGUCGGCCUCCUUCGUUGUCUGCCUCGACGAUGCCAAGCCUGUCACCCUGGAGGAGCGUGCUCACCAGUACUGGCACGGCGACGGCCAGAAUCGCUGGUACGACAAGCCGCUGCAGUUCAUCAUCAACGAUAACGGCACCUCCGGCUUUAUGGGCGAGCACAGCAUGAUGGACGGUACCCCGACCCACCGUCUGAAUGACUGGAUCUGCGACGUUAUCUUCAACAAUAAGCUCAACUUUGACGAGCCGACCGUCCGCUCCAACCUGCCCGAGCCGGUGCCCAUCCGCUUCGUCGUCACCAAGGAGGUCCAGGCCGAGAUUGACCGUGCCAUCACCGACUUCCGUAACGUCAUCGACCAGCACCAGCUGGCCGUCCAGGCCUAUCAGGCGUAUGGCAAGGGCCUGAUCAAGAAGUUCAAGUGCUCUCCCGACGCCUAUGUGCAGAUGAUCAUCCAACUGGCCUACUUCAAGAUGUACGGCAAGAACCGCCCGACCUACGAGUCUGCUGCCACCCGCCGCUUCCAGCAAGGCCGUACCGAGACGUGCCGUACCGUCUCGGAGGAUUCGGUCGCCUGGUGCCGCGCCAUGGCCGACGAGUCUGUCUCGAACGAGGAGCGCAUCCGCCUCUUCCGUAAGGCCAUCGACGCCCACGUCGAGUACAUCACCGCCGCCUCCGAUGGCAAGGGCGUCGACCGCCACCUGUUCGGCCUGAAGCGCCUGAUCGAGCCUGGCGAGGAGCUACCUGCCCUGUACAAGGACCCGGCCUACAAGUACAGCACCUCUUGGUUCCUGUCCACCAGCCAGCUCAGCUCUGAGUACUUCAAUGGCUACGGCUGGAGCCAGGUUAUCGAUGAGGGCUUUGGCAUUGCCUACAUGAUCAACGAGAACAGCCUCAACUUCAACAUCGUCUCCAAGAAGCUCGGCUCCGACAAAAUGAGCUUCUACCUCAAUGAGGCGGCUAAUGAAAUCCGCGACAUGCUGCUGCCUACUCUCGAGGCCCCCAAAGCCAAGCUCUAA